AUAUAUAUACCUUCCCAUUGCCAUACCUCCACUGUCGAUAUACCGAUCUCAUCCGCCUGAGCCUCAAGUCACAAGAUGCCAUGCCGUAUACUCACCCCCAUGUCCUGCGGGGAAUGCCACAGAGAGAACAGCCAGAUCCGCUGUGAUACUUGCAAGGUCAUGUUCUACUGCAGCGAGGAGCAUCAAGGCAGCCACCGCCAACAGCAUGAGACGAUUUGCCGAGGGGUCGCAGAGUAUCGCGCCAAUGUCAAGGCCGCCGAGGCCAAACUACGCGCGCUUGUUCCCAGCGGAGAAGAUCCGGAGUGUUCGGACCUCCUUCACUGGUGGAGCAUGGCCGACGGUGAACCGGAUGUUGAACGGUUAAGCAUCGUCAGCCCCAGCUUGCCAAUGCUGAACUUCCCGCGUGGGGUCAGCGUGAUGGAGCCAAUCGAUUACGACGGUGAUUGGGUGAGGUUCGACGGUGUAACCGCGUAUCUUUUUCUUCUGAAGAUUCAGGCGUUGCUCGACUUGACUCGCUUGUCCCUGUGCACCCCCGCCUUUGCGGCCAAGGUGCCCCGGGAGAUCUUUGAUGCCAUCCGAGAGUAUAUUCCGGUGAGCCCCGGGGUGAUAAACCAUUCGGCUCUCCGGGGGAAGCUGACCUCCACCGAUGAGAUCAAGCAGCUGACGAGGCUGAUCGAGGGUCUGUGGGAGAUGGCUCGUGUUCCCAUGAGUGGGAACUCGUGGAGGUGCUAUACAGGGAUGAGGAUGUGCAUGUGCAUCAUCGGCGCGACGACCAGGUUGCAUGCUUGACUUGCCUUUUCCGCCGGGAUCCCGAAGCGGUGGCUUACAUUCGGAGCUUCAUUAACUGGGAUUAUCUCCGCAGCCUCAGUAAGGAACGGCUGCGUGAAUCAAUGGGCUUAUGCGAAGUCCCAGCAGUUAGAGUAUACAAGAGGUGAGCGGGGGGACCAUUGGCCCCCGGAUUCUAGUUAGUGCUCUGCUAGGCAUUGAAAAUAUGAAAAAUAUGAAUAUGGACCAAACAUCA